AUGGUUAAUGCUUGGAGGGCUCGCGCAUGGUCGAGCCACGAUGCGAGCCCUUUGACGAUCUCCUCAAGGAGUUUGUCACGCACUCCGUGUUCUAGUUGGGCGCUCCGCUGCUUCCUAUGGCUCUGCCUGUGUUGUACAGUGCGCUCUGAGAGCAACCCUGCAGGCUCGGGCCGGGGACUUCUCCAGCGGCAGAAGUUCCUUGCGGGACAGUUUCACCAUCUGGGAGCCCCAACUCUAGCGGGGCUGGACAAUGCCAUUUAUCGAUCCGGACGAGUGCGCUUCCGACCCCUUGGUUCGACCUGUGGCGAGCCCGGGUCUAGCGUCAUGGACGCGGCAGUUCAGCCCCCCUGCGUGGGGAACAUCUGCAAUGGUCCUGCCAGUCGGGUUGGAGAUCUUGCUGUUUGGGAGGAUGUCCGAGUUGUGAGAGUCGGAGUCUACCAGCUGUGCUGGUGCAGACCAACCUUGACCUGUCAGCUGCUGAAUACGUGCUGUGGGGAAGAUGCUGAUUUUGGUGAGGCAGCUGGGGAGGUAGAAGUGGUCGGUCCCGGCUGGAUAUUGGUCUCACCUGUGCUGGGCCAGGGAUUUCGCUUCGAGCUCGUGUAUCCCGAAGCUUUGCCGGGUUCCCAGGUGCUGCUUCGGCUCAGACAAGAGGGGCCCUGUGGUCUGCCGCGUGACGCAGCGGAAGUGCGAGCCUCGCUUCUCCGGGGCGACGGAAACGUGGAAGAUGAGGAGCUCCCUCUCGCAACGCCUCUGGAUCAGGCUGCAAGCCUGAACUUCACAGGGGACUUCUCGGACCGAUACGUUGCGUACCUCUACAGACAUUUAACUUACACCGUCUGCUGGUGCGCCCAGUACUGCUUCAAGCACGAAGAUGGUAGCAUCAACGAAGAAGCCUUUGGGGCCGAGGUGGGCUUGUUUUAUCCACGAGGCCCCGACACGGAGAACAUGGCUCCGCAGUAUGCAGUGGCUGGGGUGUCAUUUGCAUUGUAUGUGCAGGGCGAUCGCUUGUCUGUGAAGGACCGGGUCCUCGUUCCUGAAAGCAGCACCUUGUGUGGCGAUCCCGACACGGGACAUGCCCUGGCGUUCCGCUCCUACAUCUGCGGGCGCGGCCAGAGCUCCUGCAUUGCAACACCCGCAAACGGACCGCCCACGUCCUUCGAGGACAUGGCAGACAUGGUGGGGGAAUCGGGGCUUAGCUUCCAGCGUGGGGGCUGGGAACCGGUGCAGAUCGACAGCCCUGGCACCUACCGCAUCUGCUGGUGCGUAGACGACACCUGGGACCCUGUAAAGCUCGAGAGCCAUGGCUACUGCGGCUCGGGCUUCCAGUAUGGGGUCGAAGCUGGUUUGGUCAUUGUCCAAGGAGCUGUGGGAGAUCAGGAAUUCCCGUGCAGCGCCUUCCAGCCCUGCCAGUUCGAGGUGCACUCUGAGCUGCCAUUUGAUGCUGAAGACCAGAUUCUGAUGCUUGCCAGACACGUAAGUUGCUUUGUGAGGGAGCUUUGGGAUUUUUGA